UUUUUUUUGCAAAGUGGCAGCUCCGGCUUCUCUCUCCAGACAUCAGUCUGAACCGCAGCUCCACCGGAGGACACGCUCUGCGCACCGUCUCCCGCAGCCGCCCGAGUUUGAGCCGCAGAGCAACAAAACAUUUUUCUCCCCGAUCCAAAAAUAGAAGAGAAGAAGCUCAUAGCCAGUUCAGCGGCUGCAGAGAAGUGAUGGAUGAAAGAAUACCGCACUUACAGGACAGGCAGUUCAUGGAGCACGCAGAUUUCUUGGGGAUGGAUUUCCCUCCGCUCUACAUGUGCAAAUCUAAACGAGGCAUAAAGCGUGAGGACGGUGGGAAGGACGCAUACAAGUUACCGCACCGGCUCAUAGAGAAGAAGAGGAGAGACCGAAUUAACGAAUGUAUUGGCCAGCUGAAGGACCUGCUGCCCGAACAUCUGAAGCUGUCGACGCUCGGGCAUUUGGAGAAGGCGGUCGUGUUGGAGUUGACGCUGAAGCAUCUGAACGCGCUGACUGCCGUCACCGAGCAGCAGCACCAGAAGAUCAUCGCCUUGCAGAAUGGAGACCGAUCAAUGAAACCCCCCAUCCACGCUGAUCUGGAUGCGUUUCACUCAGGGUUCCAGACCUGCGCCAAAGAGGUCCUGCAGUACCUGAGCCAAGCCGAGAACUGGAGCGCCAGAGAACAGAGAUGCGCACAGCUGAUCAACCACCUACACAAGGUGCUGGCGCAGUUUCAGCCUGAUCCGCCGCCGCUCCAGCAUCAGCUGCCCGCCGGAGACGCGCAGGACGCGCAGAAGUCCGACGGUCAAGCCAACUGCGUCCCGGUCAUUCAGAGGACCCAGGGCGGGGAGCUUAACGAGAACGACACAGACACGGACAGUGGAUAUGGUGGGGAGGCGGAAAAGAGCGACGGCAAGGACAAAGAGUGCGAACGCAACAAAGCGGUGAAGAUCAAACAAGAGUUUGGCGACGACAGGGUGGCCAAAAAAUCUAAGAUGUGCUGGUCUGGGAACGGGGACCCGUCCAGACCAGAUGUGGCGUUCGUGAACUCUCUGAUGGGAAUAAGCGGUGUGGGACAGCAGACACCGAUUUGCAUGCCUUUCUACUUCAUCAACCCGUCAGCCGCGGCGUCCUAUAUGCCUUUUUUCGACAAAAGCAACAUUGAAAAGUACAUGUACCCCGCAGCUGCCGCCAUUGCGUCCCCGUUCCCCUGGCUGUACCCUGCACACGCGUCAGCCGCGGCGGCCGCGGCGGCAGCAGCUGCCGCUGCGUUCCCCGGCCUGUCUGCGCACUUUGGAGCCGCGACUCAGCCCAAAGACUCCCAGCUUCAAGACGACAGCGGAUCACGCGAGGCCGAGGCGAGCUCACCUGAGGAGCGCGAGGAAACUCCCGUGAGUGACGACGGAGAGGGUGACGUGGACGACGCGUCCCCAGACAGCAGGAAUAGCCCACAGGAGCAGUUUUCCGCCUGUCAGACGAGCUAAUAAGUCUGCGUACCUCUCUGAGUUUCUGUAUUUACAUUUUGUAUUAUUAAGGCGAGUUUUAAAAUGGGGAGUUUCUCAUGUAUAUCUUUGGGCAGCAGGGGACGGUAAUAUGGAAGCCCAUAUCUGCCAUGAAAGUAUAAAAUGAAACAUGGUAUACCAUGGAUAUGAGUUCAAUGGUCAUAGUAAUGAGAUACAAAAUCAUAAUUCGGCUGCUUGUUGCCGCAGUUUGUAGCACUGUUGCCUUGCAGCGACAUGGUCUGGGUUUGAACCCUGGUCUGGAGUCUGCAGGGAGUAUGCAUGUUCUCCAUGUGGAUGCUUGCAUUCUCUCUGGGUACCCCAGCUUCCUCCCACUGUCCAAAAACAUGAUUGUUAGGGUAACUGAUUACUCUAAAUUCCUCUCAGGUGUGAGUGUGUGGAUGCAUGGCAAUUUGUCAAGUGUGUCCCUUUGUUGGCCUGUAAUGGACUGGCGACAUGUCCGGGACGUACCCUGCCUCCCAUGUAAUGACCGCUGGAGCUAGGCACCAGGCCCCCACCCCACCCUCAUGACCCUGGAAGAACAAAAGGGUACAUACGAUGGGAAUAUGGAAACUAAUAAUGUGGACUGUAAAAAAUAUGAUUUAGAGAUUUAAAGUCACAUACAUCACAUUAUAAUUGUAAUUAUAUGUGAUGUAAAGAUACAUAGUUUAUUAUUACAUUCAAAGUUUUGACUUUUAGUCCACUUUCAGGCAAAAUUGCGAAACUUUCUGUGUUAGAAUUUUUGCUUUGUUUAUUCAGUUUGCCUUUUGAAUUUGGAAAUCAUAGUUAUGAGACACAACGUCAUAAUUUGGACUUUCAAUAUUAUAGAUAUGAAAGAAAUAUAUACUUUUGUCUUUCAAAUAUGGAAUUAUGAGAUGCCAAGUUAAAUCUUUCACCUGAGAAGUACUUAUUAUGAAAUAAAUUCAUAGUUUUGAGUUUCAAAGUCAUAGUUAAGACCUUCAAAUGUAUAAUUUUAUCGAAAACUCUGAAUUCUGAAAUUCACAAAGUCUGAAUUUUCACUUAGGUGUGCAAAUUAUAGCUGUGAAAUGUACUCAGCGUUUUGACUUUGAGAUAUAAAAUAAUUUAUUUCAGAGUGAUGCGUUUCUUAUCUCAAAAUCAUAACUAUUGAUUGAGAUUUUACAUCAUAAUUUUAAAUCCAGACUUCUAUAUUUGGUUCUAGGACUUUUUGUCUUACAAUUAUCACCUUAAAAAGUAAAACUGUAAUGUUGCCAGUAAAAUAAUGAUGACUUACAAAGGAAAACAAAUAAAUAAAAACUGACUGAAACUUAUAACCAUGUCCAAAACUCACAAUUAUGAUAUGCCAUAUCCCAUUUUUCUUAAAGUUGGCAAGAUUGGGCUUCCAUAUUUUUGUAAUUUUGUGUGCCUUCUGCACUUCUGCUUGUUUUAAACAAUCUGAAUGACUAUCGACAAUGAUUGACACUUCACGGCUGUGUUGUGUUGCAGUUAUUAUUAUUAUUAUUAUUUUUAUUAAAUCCUCUUUCAUAAAAUAUUUUGACAUGGCAGCAUUGGUGCCAAAACUCUUAAGUAACCAACACAGCAGUGCGCAAUGUCCCAACCAAUGAUUUUCCUUAUAUGUGCAUGGGUGCCUCCAGAAAGUUUUGAGGGGGGGGAUGACGACCAAUAAUCUUGGGGUAAACCCUACACACACAAAAAAAAAAGAGAGAAGACGGAAGAGUUUUCAGAAAUACACAUAAUACCAAAAAUCAGCUGACAACUGUAAGCUUGCCUUCUCCUCUCUUAAAUGAAUUUGAAACAGUAGGCAAAUAAGAGUUUCUGGCUAGCAAACGUGUAGCAGUGGGCAUCCCCCCCCCAGGCCCCCCUUUGGUGGCACCCCUGCAAAUGUGGGAUCUGAAACCGACCUCUGCUUAUAAAUAACAACCAGGCGGACUCUGGCUGUAAAUAUUAGCCUGAAGUGUAAAUGUGAGCUACAGGGGCCUGAAGAAGACGUGUAGUCCUCAUUACCUCACUAACAGUGUAAGGGGCUGGUUGGGAGGAGCAUUAACUGGCUCCUCCUGAAAGGAAGCUCCCCGACAUGCACACCAUGCGACCACGAACAAAAGGCGCAGAUCCGUUUUAUUAAUCAGACUUUCGUUAUGGGAAAAGGCUAACAUGUUGAGCCCGAUUUCCUUGAUUUCAUCUUUUAUGUUUCGUUUGAAUGCCAGUGCUGUUGAGAAAAGACAACGAAUCUGUCAGAAUAACUGGAAGACGAGACUCUCGGGUUUUCUUGACCAGAAUAUUGUAGUAACCACCUGUACCUCCAGGAAACAUUGUAGGAUAGCACCUUAUAGAUCUUUGAUAUUGAAUGUACCUGUAUUUUUCCCAAGUUUCCAUGUAGGAUGAGAUGCUAAGUGCACUUUUUUCUGGUUUGAAUCCCUCCUAAGCAGUCACCUUAUCAUUCAGAAAGUCAAUCACUGUACUUCACCGUUGUGUUUUGGUUUCUCCUUAAAAAAAAAAAGAUCCCAGUUGGUUUGUAUUUUGUGUUUUGUAUGCUGUAUGGCGCUGGCUGAUUAUGUUUUUUUCUCAGUGUUUAUUUAAAGGUAUUUCAUUGUAAGAUGAAAUUUGAAAACUUUGCUCCCUGCUACGCAUCAGGCAAUCAUUCCGUAAAAACUGACAUAGGCGGGAGAAAAACUGCGGUCAUUGCCAUGUUAAGAACUUUUUCUGCUCCUCUUUUCUAUUCUUACCAAUUCCUGCAACUGUAAUAUUGUUUUGUUUUUCUAAAAAAAAAAAAAAACUUUCACGUGACUAAAGAGGCACAAACGUCAUUGUGCUUUGCAAACCGUUUCAAUGCUUUUUUUGUAGUUUUUGUUCAGUUGGUUUUGCCUCGAAGCUCUUAUCAACUCUACACAGUGGUAUGUGUAUUUGUUUGUACAUAGUUUUUUUUGUUGUUUUUUUUGCAAAUAUACCAUUAAGUAUACAUGUUUCGUCAAUGUUGUAGAGGUCUCUAGAUUUCCUCUUUUUUUAAAGAUUUACCUGAGCAACUGGUGCACAUUUCGCUGGCGCUUUACACGUGAGCUGUUCUAAAUUAUUGCUGAUGAGUUGUAAAAUAAAUAUCAAAAAUGAAACUUUG